UAAGUAAAGAAUAAUUGAUGACGGGUCUUUGAUUUGUUAGAAAAUAGUGCACACCCGAGGUGGUAAUGCGAAGCGGAAUGGCCGUUACACCUUAAGUGUGCAUUAUUUUCUAAUAAUUCAAUAGAACUGGGUAGGGAACAGAUAUAAUCAAUCAAUAUAUAUAUUCCACUUAUACUAAAGUUACCACACAUCAAGACUUUGUUUUCAGAUGUUGUAUUUCAAAACAUUUGUCAUGUUUUUGUCCUUACAACUCUCUUGUUUGUAGGACUAAUCACUUAUGAAUCUCAUCCCACGCUUCCGUUGCUAAAAUGUAAUUUUAGAGGUAGUAGUAAUUAGAGAAAGAGAGCGAGUGUGUGUGAAUUACCUGAGUCUGUGUGUCUCUGAACAGUGUUCACACAUUAGCACGUCUAUCAGCCAAUCAGAUUCAAGCAUUCAACUGCCCUGUAGUAUAGUUUCAAAUAUUAAAUAUAUAUGUAUAAAUCUAUCUAUCCCUGUGUGUGUGUCAACACAUUCAUGAUAUUUUCAAAAAAGAAUACCCUGACACACAUUCAUGAUGAUCUAAAAAAAAAUUAUUUGGUUGAUAAAAGUUUUAUAUUAUAGGCCUAUAAAUAUUUUAAAAUAAAGUGUAUGCCCCAUGCACAAAAUAAUCUUUUUUAUUUUAUUUUCUCAUGUUAAUGUAUUCUUGAAGACAGUACAGACCAGCCUUGAAAUGAGGCAUCUGCUCUCUACCCAGUUCAGUGAUUCACGGAUGUCCUUCCAGUUCUGCAGCGGUUGGAUUAUUCAUACAUUUCAAACCUACACGUCACUUGGCGAAAGAUGUCUGUAAGUGAAAUUCAACAUGUGAUGGGUGUGAGCUAUGGAAGCUUCUGUAGCUCUCAAACCACAUGUGUUAAACUUACGAUAUUUACUGGUUUUCCCAGUGAAUAUAAUCUCAGCGACAGUUAGUUGGCGCUAUUGUCAAGAAGGUCUUCAUAAGUAAUGUCCAUUAGAGAGGCACAUUAGUGGCCACAGAGGAGAAAAGGCGGUAGAUUGGAAACGAUAGAUGCUCCAGUGAUGGGGAGGAGAGAGAGUGGGUGUGAGUAGGCGAUGAAACACUUGAAGAGAAGUUGUAGCACGUGUUUUGCUUUACUUUUCCAUUAUUCGUUCUAAUGGAUUUAUCAUAGUUUAUCAUUUUAUCCUACUGGAAUUGUGCCUUUGUGGGCCUAUUGCAAUUAACAGCACGGGAGAUGGGUUUAAGCGAACUUAACAAACAGAAAGUAUAUGAACUCGAAGAAUACGGAUCGGGUUUGUUCAUAAUGGAUCAUAAUGAAGGGAGAGAAUCGUAUUAUCGUUUGCAUGAUUCCCAGAUUUCUCCAGCAUGGAUGGACCCGGAGAAUUCAACGGCUCUUCCGAAUCUUACUGAGGACACUACAUCCAGCCCAGAUCUUGAUGUUAUUACAUCUAGUCCACAUCUUCAGUGGCUUCUGCAGUCCUCUCUAUUUUCCCAAUCAGAGGCCACCUUGGAAACAUUUUCCUCAUUCGCACCCAACACCAUGCCCAGCUGCCCCUGUUUGUCACAGUGCUACAGUCCUGACCCAUCCUGGAAUGGAGCAGUCGGGGACAGUUCAUUAGGACAUGCUAACAAACAUAUGUCCUCUGAGGAACUUGACAGGAUAAGGAUCCGCAGGGAAAGGAACAGAGUAGCAGCUGCCAGGUGUCGGGACCGUCGUCGGAUGCUUAUAGACACGUUACAGAAUGAGACGGAUCAUUUGGAACAUGUGAAGACACAACUGGAGGAAGAGAUCGCUGCUCUUGAAAGGGAGAGAGAGAGGCUGGAGUUGGUUUUUGAGGCACAUAUGCCCAUCUGCAAGUUAAAUGACCCAAACCCAGAAUAAUUACUGAUGCUGGUCAUGUUUAGUGCUGAGUCUGCUGGUUCAGAUCAGCUGUGAAUUAUAUAACAUAAUAAGCGUAUAUUUGUUAAAGUAAGUGAAAUGUUUCAAUAUAUUUCAGGGAUACCUUAAGGAUUAUUAUCUUGCAUGCACAAUUCGUUUGACUUGUUUUCAUAAUAAACCACAGUUUCAAAUGUCGUUGUUACUCUGUCAAAUGUUUUUGUAUCAUGGGUGUAGCAACAGGUGUGGACCUUAGUUGGGUGCCAGCUCCAUAAAUGAUAUGUUUAUUAUUUAGCGAAUAUGUAUGCUGUUUAAAAGUUUAUUAUUGUUGUCAAAUAUUAUUACAAUUUAAAUAAAUUGUUUUCUAUUUUAAAU